ACAUCCCUGAAUGAGCUCGUAGUAAUGAACUGACUUGAAAUGUUGUUUAUUCGCCUGUACGACCGUUUAUAAUGUAUCUGAAGUGUACUUAAUUGAAAUGAAGCUCUCAAAAAAGCUAGUUCUCGCCAAAGCCAAGGCAUCUGACCUGGAAAGCAUAAAGAAGCUAAAUUGUUGGGGAUGUAAUCUGACAGAUAUAGCCAUCUUCAUCCACAUGCCCAACAUCGAAGUGCUAACACUGAGUGUCAACAGUAUCACAUCUCUCGCUCCUCUGGCCGGAUGCCUCAACCUGUGUGAACUCUACCUGAGGAGGAACAUGAUCUCCUCACUAUCAGAGCUUUCCCAUUUGCGUUCCCUGGGUCACCUAAAGGUGCUGUGGUUGGCAGAAAACCCCUGUUGUGGCACUGACCCAAACCACUACAGACUCACAGUGCUACGAUGUCUCCCACAUCUUCAGAAGCUGGACAACCAAGUGGUGACAGAGGAGGAGGUUGCACGUGCUCUCACCCAGGGAGAAGAGGUCACUACCCCUACAGAGCCAGUCCAAAACCAGCCUUCAACCAAUGGCCAGCCAGACACAGAGACAGAGAAUGACCCCCUUGAAUACAGCAUGGAUGAGACAAACAAAAUAAGAGAACAGUUGGGAAUGAAGCCACUUCCAAGAGACAAGUUCCCGCCAUUGUCUUCUCCACCAACCAGAGAAGACAGGCAGCUCAUGAGAAAGUCACAUACCCUUGAUGCAAUUCUGCUCCUGCUCAAAGAUUUGGAAGAAGAUGAGCUUCUUGUUGUGCACACAGCUGCACAGAACAGACUCCAAAUGUUUACACAAAAUUCAGAAAUCAUUAAAAACUCACUACAGACCCAAAGGACCAAAGAUAUUGAAGAUUAGAUUGUCUAUAUAUAUAGUCCAGUUGCCUGUAGUGUUCCAGCUUGC